AUGGAGGAUUUGAAAUUAGCAAAAGCAGUAUCUCCUCCUCCAGAAGAACCUAGUGUGACAUCAAACAAUAGGAAGCAGUCUGAGUUGGAGCAACCCCAAGCAAUGCAACAAUCUCAAGACAAUGAAGAUUCAACUGAAAAUGGGAAAGUUUACAUGAAUGACACUUUUUCCCCCACCAGUUUAUCAAGCAGCCAAGCAGAAGAAGCACAAGAUUCUUCUUCUUCUUCUUCUAACACUACUACACCUGUGUUUGUUUCUGAGAUUGGUCUGCCUCACGUGAAGACCAAGUAUAGGUCAGAGGGCACCACAACAAGAAAUGGAGUGUCUACAAGAUCUCUUUCUUCCCAAAGAAGCCUUGGAUCUCCAAGAACACUCGGAUCAUCAUCACCAUUGAGCAAUGAGACGCCCAAAAGUCUUGAUUCUUACAGUGAUUCCAUUGACACAACAUCACCCAUUGAAUCCGUUAAAGAAGCUGUCUCAAAAUUUGGAGGAAUCACUGACUGGAAAGCACAUAGAAUGCAAGUAGUUGAGCGACGCAAGUAUGUGGAACAAGAGCUCAAAGAGAUUGAAGAGCAGAUUCCUGAGUACAAGAAACAAUUAGAGACCGUUGAGAUGUCAAAACUGCAAACGGUUGAGGAGUUAGAGAGCACAAAGAGACUCAUAGAAGAGCUGAAGCUAAGUCUUGAAAAGGCGGAAACAGAAGAGAAACAAGCAAAGCAGGACUCCGAGCUUGCAAAGCUGAGAGUUGAGGAGAUGGAACAAGGAGUAGCUGGUGAAGCUAGCGUUGCAUCUAAAGCACAGCUUGAAGUGGCUCAAGCCAGACACACAACUGCCAUUUCAGAACUGGAAUCUGUCAAGGAAGAGAUACAAACUAUGCAGAAGGAGCAUGAUGAUUUGGUGAAAGAGAAAGAUAUGGCUGUGAAGGAAGCAGAGGAAGCGGUUUUGGCUUCUAAAGAAGUUGAGAAGAGAGUUGAAGAGCUGACUAUAGAGCUGAUAGCUACAAAGGAGUCGUUGGAAUGCGCACAUUCUUCUCAUUUGGAAGCGGAGGAACAUAAGAUCGAAGCAGCCGUGUUGCGUGAUCAGGAAACUCAAACAGCUGUUGCUUCUGCAAAGAAGGAGCUAGAAGGAGUCUACAUGAAUAUAGAGAAGGCAGCAUCUGAAGUGAAACGCUUGAAGUUAGCAUCAUCAUCCUUGAGAGUGGAACUCGAGAAAGAGAAGUCAGCGCUUGACUCAGUUAAACAAAGAGAAGGGAUGGCUUCAUCAUCGGUAGCAUCACUAGAAGCUGAGAUAGACAUGACUAGAUUCGAGAUAGCUCUCGUUGAGUCCAAGGAAAAGGAAGUUAGAGAGGAGAUGGUGGAGCUACCAAAGCAGCUGCAGCAAGCAGCUAAAGAGGCUGAUGAAGCGAAAUCAUUAGCUGAACUCGCUCGUGAAGAGCUGAGGAAGUCUCGAGAAGAAGCAGAGCGAGCAAAGGCUGGAGCAAGUGCAAUGGAAGGGAGAUUACUCGCAGCUCAGAAAGAAAUUGAGUCUGUUAAGGCUUCAGAGAGAUUGGCAUUAGCUGCUAUCAAGGCAUUGCAGGAGAGUGAGUCUGAUUCGAAGGAAAAUGAUGUUGAUUCUCCGAGAAGCGUGACGCUCACGUUAGAGGAGUACUAUGAGCUUAGCAAGCGUGGUCAUGAGGUAGAAGAAAGGGUUGCAGCAGCGGUUUGUGAGAUUGAGGAAGCUAAAGAAAGAGAGAAGAUAAGCUUGGAGAAAUUGGAAGAAGUUAACAGAGAGAUGGUUCUGAGAAAGGAAAGACUUGGAGAAGUAACUGAGAAGGCUGAGAAGGCUAAAGAAGGGAAGUUAGGUGUAGAACAAGAGCUGAGAAAAUGGAGGGAAGAACAUAAAGUAAAGAGAGAGAAUGAAGUUAAGAUAGAGAAGAGUCAUGAAAGAAGCUUACAAGUGUCAAAGGAGAAAGAAAAUGAGUCUAAUAGAACUGAUACAAAUCCAAUCCCACCUGAGAUUCCUGUAAAGAAAAAGAAGAAAUUCUUCCCAAGAUUUUUUAUGUUCUUGAUGAGGAAGAAGAAGAAGUCACCUAAAUGA